CACCGGAAAGACAGCACCUCGUGUAAACAUGACUUCCAAGCUGGCUGUGGCUUUCUUGGCAGUCUUCCUGCUUUCUGGAGCUCUGUGUGAAGCUGCAGUUCUAUCAAGAACUGCUGCAGAACUUCGAUGCCAAUGUAUAAGUACCCACUCUAAACCCUUCAAUCCCAGAUUGAUCAGAGAAAUGAGAGUGAUUGAGAGUGGACCGCACUGUGAAAAAUCAGAGAUCAUUGUAAAGCUUGUCAAUGGACAAGAGGUCUGCCUGGACCCCACACUACCGUGGGUGCAGAUUAUUGUGCAGAUAUUUUUGAAGAGAGCUGAGAUGCAAGAUGCAUUAAAAAAAACAACAACCCCUCCUUUAUGAUUUCCAAGAAUUCCUCAGUGAACAUGCCAAUGAAACUUCAAACAAAUCUACUUCUGUGCUUCGUGUACUAUGUGGGUCUGGUGUAGGGUUGUCCGAUAAAAUAUAGGAUGCCCAGUUAGAUUUGAAUUUCAUAAAAUAAUAAAUAGUUUUUUCAUUGUCUCAUGCAAUAUCUAGGACACACUUGUAUUGAAAACAGAAUUAUUCAUUGUUUACUUUAAGUUCAAAUUUAGCUGGAAAUCCUGUAUUUUGUCAUUGUUGUUGUUAAAUCUUGCAACCCUAGUCUGCUGGCCUGAAACCGUGAGUCCCUGCUCAACUAAGCCUCAGUUUCUUCUUUAAUCCUAAACCGAGAAAAAGCUUCCGCCACGAUCCUCUCUCACAGAGAUGUGAGGAUGUGUAGAAGCACUUUAACUUAUUGUCAUGGUCAUUUAAAUUAUUUUCGAGUGUAACUUAUUCACCUAUUUAUUAUUUAUAUAUUUAUUUAAGCAUCAAAUAUAAUAUUUAUGUAUGAAUUUGGAAAAGUGGAAAAGGAUGUAUUGUUGAUAGGAUAGUACAAUGAUGUUAGAGUGAUUUUAUAUUUAUUUUAAGUAUUAAAUGAUGUUACAUUAGAGAACUUUUGAUCAGCAAAAUUUAGCAAAAUUAAAAAAAAAAAAAAACCAGACAGGACACCCAGUUAAUUUUUAUUUCCGAUAAACAAUGAACAAUUUUUUAAUAUGAAUACAUCAUUGUUUAUCUGAAAUUUUAAUUGAACUGCCAAUACUGCUUUUGAGACUCCUGGUGUUGUCACCACCAGCCCUGUUACGCAGUGCUGUGUUGAAUUGCCAGAAUCCUGAGUUAAGACUGUCUUUUCUCAAAACAGCAAAAAUUCACCAGGCAAUAUUAACAAAGUAAUUUCUUGCUGGUUAAAACUUAUUUAUUAUGUACAAAUAGAUUCUCAUAAUUUAAAAAGAAAUAUUGUGGUUUUUAAUACUGACUUUAUUUUUUUUCCUUUAAGAUGCUUUUAUGUGUUCCCAAAGAGAUUUUUUUCUACUGUUUUUGAUAGCAUGAAAUUAUAAAUGUAACUUUAAAACUUUUAAAAUAAACUUUACUG